UCGCAUUUUUAGCCAAUCGUCUGGCCCUGUAGAACCUAUGCAGGUAUAAUGCACAGAUUCACAACCAAGAUUUCGCCGUGGUACCGUCAAUCAAGCACAGCACAUACUAUGUACAACUAUUUAAAGCUCCAGAUCCGCCACAGAUCGUACAACCAACCUCCUCACCACACACAUCUUUCGCUCGAGCAGACGAUCACGUCCCUUUCGCUCCCCUGACGCAAUAACAAAACUAUUACCGGCGGGAUACGACUUCUUCAGGCCCCUUUUGACCCCAUUGACACCAUGGAAGCUCCCACCUGCUCUGCAACCACCGCUACCCCGCGCCUCCUGCUGGUGCGCCCGGACCCCUCCUCCCGAGCCCACGCCGACUUUAUCGUGCGCCUCUACAACACGCCCCAGUUCAUUGCGUCGAUCGGCGGCAAGCCCACGGCCAUCACCACCCAUGACGCCGCGGCGGGCUAUAUCAGGCGGCGCUUCGCCUCCGAGCACGAGCGCAAUGGGUACGGCACGUACCUUAUUGUGCUCAAGCCGGGUAUCGCCCUCGGCGCCAAUAACAACGUCAGCGAGAGCACCAGUGACGGCGAUGGCACAACGAAGGAUGAAGUGAAAGCAGCAGAAGGCAAGGAAAACGUACAGCCCAGCGACAGCGGCGGCACCCUCAUAGGCACCGUCUCUCUGUCCCGCGGCGAAGGCACCAUAGGCAAGACGUGCUACGGCGCGCCCGACCUCGGCUUCGCCGUGCUGCCCGAGUACUGCCGCCGGGGGAUCGCGACCGAGGCGUCGCGUGGUGUGCUCGACUGGGCCUCACGCGAGAAGGGCGUUGACGUGGUGCUCGGCCUGCACGAUCCCACUAAUGUGGCCUCGGCGGGCGUGCUGCGAAAGCUCGGGUUUGAGGAGAGAGGUGAGAGGAAGCUGACUGCUUUUGGGGGCAAUGCUGGGUUGGUCUGGACGUGGAGGGCCGGUGGAGGAAAUGCCGAACAGGAUAAUGGCCUGGGUGUCACGGAAGAAGAGGUCAUGGCACUAGGUCUGCCCGCUCUCGGAGACGAACACUAGUGGUUCAUGCCAAGUAUCUUAAUCCCGGAAGCAAUAUUCAUCCGUACCUUAGGCGUGCUAAGUAAUCUCCUAUUUAUUACUUACCGAGAGGAGGAGUCAACAUAACCAUCAAG